GCUUGUAUGGGCACAUCACCGUAAUAUACCCCCUCUAGCCUUCGAACAAGCAGCAGAAAAGGAUCACCUCCUGUGGCCAAAACACGCCCUGUCGUCCACGAUGCAUCUACUGGAUACCGGGAAGGCUCUUCUAGCCACUAUCGCCGCAAUCCCCUUCAUCCAUGCUAUGCCGGCGAUGCAGCGCGUCGGAGCCCUUGAGGCUCUCGCCCGUGGCACGCACAUGAUCAAGCUUCCAGACGCCCAGUUCGACUUCAAGCCAUUCGAGCUCAAGAACCUAUGCUACGAGUGCGAUCGCAGCCGCGACGAGGACCUCUACUCGUGCACGAUGAAGUUCGACUGGUUUGAUCCGAACUCGGUGCGGGAGAACAACGUCUCGGCCUGCUCCUGCAAGUACUCGUGGAAGUGGGACAGCGUGACGCUGGCGCCGGGAGACCGCAACUCGUUCGACGCGGAGGGCUAUUCGGUCUGCCAGAUCAACCACCAGACCACGACGUUCUUCGAGAUGAAGAUCAACAGCUUCCACGCCGCCGACAACUUCACCCUCUCGCUGGGGCGUCGGUACAGGGACACUGUCCUGUUCCAGCCGCCCUUCGUCUACCCGACAACCUUUGCCGAGCCCGUUAUCCAGCUCAGCCAGCAAGGCCGCAAGGACGAGCGCUCGAUACAGUACUACGAGCCGGACGUGGUCAAGGCGGAUAUCAUGGGACUGAUGAUCUGAGGUCUUCCUGCCAGCCUUCCCUCUACCAGGACACUGGUCCCGGGUGGCGCAUUAUCAACAAGACGCGAGGACUAAUCAUUUUGGGCGCGUUCUUUUCCCUUCACUCAUUUCCGACAUGGCCCUCCUCGAUUAUUGUCCGGCUGCCUACCCCUGCCUACCCCUGCCUGACCCUGUGGGGAGCGGUUUCCUCAACAUCGGGGUUAGUUUGAUUUGUCCCAGUCGUUCUCAUGGCUACUAUCGAGUCUGGCACCUGU